AUGAAGAGAAUUAAAUCUAAAAUUGCUAUUGCCAAGCAAAAUGUAAUGGAAAAGACAAGUAGUAGAGAGAAUACUCUUGAACCUGAAGAAAUGAAAGAGUUGGAAAAGCAAGUUGCAGAAACAAGAACAUAUGUCCGUAAAUUGACCAAAUCAAUUGAAAAGGAAACAGUUUCAACUGGUGUAAGCAUUCAAGAUGGAACAGAGUUGGCUGAUAAUUUCAUUGAUUACAGUGUUCACGUUCGUGACAACUAUCCAGAUCUAGUUGUCUUGUCUGGUAUUCUUUCAAAGAUUGGUGAAUUCCAAGCUGGUUUUGAAGACCUCAAAGCAAAAUUAAACUCUUCAUUAAUCAAUGAUGUUAGUGAUCCACUUAAAUCACUUGUUAAAACUGAAUUAAAACAAGCUCAAAUUCAAAAGAAAGAAUAUGAUAAGUCAAGAAUUGCAUAUGAUGCAUCAUUGUCAGAAUUGGCCAAUAUUAAAAAGUUAAAAAAUGUCAAGCCAAACAAGAUUCAGGAACAAGAGGAUGACACUCAAAAGCUUGGAGCAGAGUUUGGCCAAGUCGGCAAUGAGACUGCCCAACACUUGCGUGAUGUCAACAUGAUUGCAGAGUUUGAAGCUGUCGAGAAGUUGUGCGACUAUUUGGACUCGUACUAUACCUUUUUCCAAAAGGGGUACCGUUGGUUGGCCCAAAAGAUCCCCGAUAUCUAUGAAUACCGUCUCUAUGUCGAAAAGAGAAAGGCCGAGCUCGAAAAGAGCAAGGUCAGAAUGAGCAUGUUGCUCACACCCAAGCCAGACGACCUGCUCAAGAACAAGGUCUUUGGCGAGGACUUGUCGGUACUCACCAACCGCGACCAAUCUUCGAUCCCCAUCUUUGUGGCGCGUGCAUUUGCCGUCAUCCGUAGCAGACUCACCGAAGAAGGUCUGUUUAGAUUGUCGGGUACCAAGCGACUGGUACUCGAGAUGAAGCAGACGAUCGACGAGGGCAAAGAGUACAACUUGCAAGAUUGCAACGAUGUCCAUGUCACACCCAAGUGCAAGAUGGGACCUGCCAAUUUGGCCACUUGCGUCGGUCCAAACAUCCUCGUUUCACAAGUCGAUAUUAUCGUCGAAGAUAUUGCCCUUGGCAAUACUGUUAUCACCACCAUCAUCCAAAACUUUGAAAGAAUCUUUGGUGGUGCUCCAUCCUUGGAAAAUAUUUCCCUUGUCCAUCCUACUCCUCCUCAACAACCACAAGUCAAUGCUACUCAACCAUCUACCUUGUCUUCAUCUACUACUUCUACUACUACUACGACUGCACCACAAAAAAUAUCACAGUACAAGUCACCAAGUUUCAACAAUAAUCAUCCAGCACCAGGCAGCAGUCCUCCAGCGAUAUAUAAUGGUGUUCCAAUGAGAAAUAGAAAUCUUUCUUCAUCUGGUUCUACUCUGGGUGACAGUUUUGAUGAUAGUGAUGCUAUUGCUUUGACUGAUGAGGAAUAG